ACUGCACGUUUCUGUUCUUGUUUGCAGUGUCACUGUCCAUUUCUUCAAACCAGAGCAUGAGUCUCUGUCUCGUGGACCAUUCUUUGCCUCCUUAGACUAACUCUACGUCUCUAACCCCUUCUCCUUCUUCUCCUUCUCCUUCUCCUUCGCAUUCUCGAGCCUGCUGCCUUAGAAAGUGUAGAACUUUCCUUAACCUGUUUUACAACUCAAUAGUUUUUCGAAAGAAGCAGUGAUGGAGGCGAAGAAUCACCUAAUCCAUUUUUUUAAUUCCUUAACUCCUGCAAGUUUUUUGUUUUUAUAUACAUCCUUUUCUUCUUGCAUAAAAGGAAGUCUAGAGCUACAUCUACAAACCCCAAAGCUCCAAACUUUGAAGCAUUUCAUGUUUAGUCUCAAGCUCUGAGAAAGCAAAACGUUUUUCCCCCUUCCCCUUGUAAGUAUUUGAAAAUGUCGUCAAUUAUACAGAUUUCUCGUGUAGAUUUGGAGCAGGGAAGCCAUCGAAGUGACAUGAGUGCCGAGGCUAGCAUUUGCUUCUCUGAUGUUGAAGAGGGUUCUAGCUAUUCCCACUUCUAUUCAACAAAUGGUGGCUCAUACGAUGAGUAUAGCUUUGCAUUUGUUUCUGAUCCUGAGGUUAUUGAGGACCUUCCCGAGUCUGGAAGAGCUUCUUCUGUCACUGAAUGUUCAGUGGAGGUGGAAAUUGAAGGUGGGGUUCCUGAAAUUAAGGUGCAUUUGGGUGUAGAAGAGAGAGAGUGUAGGAUUUGUCACAUGGGUUUGGAAAGUGAAAGCCAUGAAUCUGGGGUUCCAAUUGAAUUGGGUUGUUCUUGCAAGGAUGAUCUUGCAGCUGCUCAUAAACUCUGUGCUGAAACCUGGUUCAAGAUCAAAGGGAACAGGACAUGUGAAAUCUGUCAUUCUGUGGCACGGAAUGUGUUUGCAACGAACGAGGAGAUGAGUGAGAAUUUAAGUGACAUCAACAAUGCUAUCACAUUAUUCACAGCUUCGGCGCCGGCUUCCCCAGACACUCCUCGAAGAUUUUGGCAAGGCCGAGGCUUCCUGAAUUUUAUGCUUAUUUGUAUGGUGAUCGCAUUUGUCAUAUCGUGGGCUUUUCACUUCCAUUUUCAUUCACCUUAGUGUCAUUCUUUUAAGAUCUCAAGGAAAGAGAAGCUUGUUAGGGGGGGAAAAUGGGGGGAAACGAGGUGAAAUGAAUGAAGAAAAGAAGAAAUCUUGAACUGCAACUUUCAGAACUUGUUCUUUUGAGAAUGAGUGUUCUUAGUUUUCACAGGUUGAUGAUGCCUCAUAAAAAUCAGUUGUUAUUUUGCAUUUCUUCAUAAUUUACUGGGGCUUUAGCGUUGUAUGGCUGAUUUAGUCUGCCAUCCAAAAAUUAACGUGGUUCAUAGACAGGUACUGGAAUGUUGUGUUGAAAUGUAUAUCAUAGUAUUAUUAUUGCUUCUCCAUUGCUUUUUUG